ACUCCGCCACUUAGAGCUUGUUGGAGUCAACAAUGGCAGCCUACCAUACCAUGCAUGCAUGCCCUAGCUUCUCCUAUAAAACCUCGCUCGUCAUCCUCCUCCUUUCUUCACUCCAACACAAGCAAAGCAAGCAGCUCAACCUCACCAAGACAACAGCUGAGCCAGCAAGCCAAAACCAAGAGCAAAAACCGAAGCUGCUCGUGCAAUUGCUACGUCAACAAUGGCGGCCAGCACCAGGAAGGCAGCACUCGUGCUAACCCUAACAAUGGCGCUCCUCGCUCCGAGCAUCCUCGGCGCCCGCACCAGACCGCCGUCGUCUCCGCACCAUAGCCAGGGCCACAAGCGCUCGCCGCCUCCCGCUUCUCCUCCUCCGCCGCCGGCGCCCGCCGCACCCACGGCCGCCGCCGGACUCGUCCAAUCCACGUGCAACGCGACGGCCUACUACGACCUAUGCAUGUCAACGCUGGGCGCCGACGCAUCCAGCGCCACGGCCGACGUGCGAGGCCUCUCAUCCAUCGCCGUCUCCGCCGCCGCCGUGAACGCCUCGGGCGGCGCGGCCACGGCCGUCGCGCUGCUGGCCACCGCCGGCGCCGGCGGCGGCAACACCACGACCGCCGUCGACGGCACCACGCAGGCGCUGCUCCGCACUUGCGCCACCAAGUACGGCGAGGCCCGCGACGCGCUGUCGGCCGCCAGGGACUCCAUCGCGCAGGAGAACUACGACUACGCGUCCGUGCACGUCAGCGCCGCCGCCGAGUACCCGCAGGUGUGCCGGGUGUUGUUCCAGCGGCAGAGGCCUGGGGAGUACCCGCCGGAGCUGGCGGCCAGGGAGGAGGCUCUCCGACGGCUUUGCACCGUGGCGCUAGACAUCAUCACGCUCCUCACCAACAACACCAACUGAUCAUGGUGUGUUAAGUUGCCGGUGCAUGAUGCAUCUACCAUGCAUAAUAUAUAUGCAAGUGAUACCAACCUUAAUUA